AUGGCUGGAGUGGAACGGUAUAUCAAAAUGAUACCAUUCCAUUUACUCCGUUCCAGCCAUAUGAGCCGUCCUCCCUUCAGCAGCCUCCACCUGUGGUGCUCCCCCGCGACUUAAGGCACCGGUUUAUUGUUGCCAGGUGAUUGGGACCACAACGCCUUCAUUAGCGGGAAGAGAGCCGGGAUAAUUCAAGGCCAUAUGGCAAAGACGGGUGCAACGUUUGUCUGAUGGUUUUACAGUUGGCAAUGUUGGGUAGCCAGUCUGUAGCUUCCCUGGCGACCAAAUGCCUGGUACAGUUGUUGUGGUGGUGUACUACUCACUGGCUGUCUAGCCAGCUACAUCAUACAUGUCAGAGGGAAGAUGUUCGACAAAGUUAUUCGUUAUUUCUUUCAAAACCUGACAACUAAAUGCAAAGUCAGUGAAGAUGAGGAGAGAAUCUUAUCUACAGCUGGGGAGUUACAGAUUGAGGACUUCAAAGUUCUGACACUCCUUGGUAAGGGCUCCUUUGCGUGUGUUUACCGGGCAAAGUCAGUUAACACUGGCUUGGAGGUGGCGAUCAAAAUGAUUGACAAAAAAGCCAUGCACAAAUCUGGUAUGGUCCAGCGUGUGAGUAACGAAGUGGAGAUUCAGUGUCGAUUGAAGCAUCCGUCAAUACUAGAGCUGUACACCUACUUUGAAGACAGUAAUUAUGUGUACUUGGUGUUGGAGAUGUGCCAUAAUGGAGAGAUGAGUCGAUACCUGAAAGAUAGGAAGAUGCCCUUCUCAGAGGGUGAAGCAAGGCACUUCAUGCAUCAAAUAGUGAAAGGUAUGCUGUACUUGCAUACACAUGGCAUCAUGCAUCGGGACCUGACCUUGUCCAACCUGCUUCUGUCGGGCAAUAUGAACCUUAAAAUAGCUGACUUUGGCCUGGCCACCAAGCUGAAGCUCCCCAGCGAGAAGCACUUCACCAUGUGUGGCACACCCAACUACAUCUCCCCAGAGGUGGCCACCCACAGUGCCCACGGCCUGGAGUCUGAUGUCUGGUCUCUGGGCUGCAUGUUCUACGCCUUCCUGAUGGGCCGGCCACCGUUUGACACAGACACGGUCAAGCACACCCUCAACAAGGUGGUUCUGGGGGAGUAUGACAUGCCCAGCCAUGUGUCCCAGGAGGCCCAGGACCUGAUCCAUCAGCUGCUGAGGAAGGACCCUGCGCAACGGCCCAGCCUGUCUGCCGUGCUGGAGCACCCCUUCAUGACCCAAAGCCUGCUGGCCAGGACCAAGGAGCUGAGCCUGGGGGAGCCAGGCUCCAUGGACAGCGGCAUCGCCACCAUCUCCACAGCCUGCACCUCGUCCACAUCCGGCAGCAGCAGCAGCAGCAGCCGCCAUCUCCAGAGGAGAACCAGGCGUGUGAUGGGACCUGCCUUGCCCAAUCGCAUGAUGCCUAUCCCUACACUGCCCCAGCCGCCCAGCAACGCCUGCUUUGAGGGGGUUGAGCAGUGCCAGCAGCAGCACUCAGACAGAGUAGGCAGGAGCAGAGGUGCUCCAGGUGGGGAGAGUGGACGCCCCCACUCCAGGUACCCACGAAGGGCUCACUCCUCAGACCGGUCUAGCUCCUCUGUCACUCCAGCCCAGGGGAUGGGGCAGGCAAAGCUGGAAAGGUGCCACUCUGAGGAGAUGCUGACUGUGUCAGGUAGACUGGCCUUUCCCAUGUCCUCCAGCUACAAGGACACUCCACAACCCUUCGCAGAACAUGGAAGGCUCCCAUUGCCGCCUGUCAAACAGACAGCCAGCUCAGGAUGUUCAUAUUCCGCACAACCACCACGUCCACUAAACAUGCAGUUAGAAGAGUCAGAAGGUGUACAAAAUUGGUUCAGUAAAGAAGGCCCGUUUCCGAGACCCACGGAUGCCAGCUCUCACAGCAGCAGUGGCAGUUUCCAUAGCAGCAGGGAGCCUCUAGGUGUACACAACUACUGGAGUGACAAACCAGCAGGCAGAGGGACCAGUUCUCACCGCAACCACAACCAGCACCACCCCUCAAACACUGAGUCCUACUGGGAGAAUGGGCAACGAGUACAUGGGGGAGAGCUGCAGAGUCUGUCCAAACCCAAACCAAGUAUAGCAAAGGAGAAGUCCCUGAGAAAUGUGCUCCCUCCCCUGUGUGCCUACAGACUGAAACCCAUCAGACAGAAGACUAAAAACGCUGUGGUGAGCAUUCUUGAUACUGGAGAAGUGUGUAUGGAGCUUCUCAGGGGCCAGGGCCCCCAGGAGAGGGUCAAAGAGGUCCUUAGGAUAUCCUGUGAUGGUUCGAUGGUCACGAUUUACCAGCCCAAUGAGGGGAAAGGUUUUCCUGUACUAGAGCGCCCCCCUGCUCCUCCUGAGAACAUCUUGAUCUGCAGCUAUGAGGACUUACCAGAAAAAUACUGGAGGAAAUACCAGUAUGCCUCGAAGUUUGUGCUCCUGGUGAAAUCCAAGACUCCAAAGGUCACCCUCUAUACCAAGUCUGCUAAGUGUAUGCUGAUGGAGAACUCCCCCAAUGCAGACCUGGAGGUGUGCUUCUACGAUGGAGCAAAAAUCCACAAGACGUCGGAGCUGGUCCGGGUGGUGAAGAGUGGGAAGUCGUACACAGUGAAAGGGGAGGUGGGUCUGAGUGGCCUCAGCCCAGAGAGCAGGCUGUAUGUGGAACUGUCUGACGAGGGCCACAGCAUGUGUCUGUCUCUAGAGGCGGCAAUCACUGCAGAAGAGCAGCACAGUGCCAAGAGCACUCCCUUCUUCCCCAUCACCAUCGGCAGGAGACCUGCCAACCCAGACUCCUCCUGCCCCUCGUCCCAGCCUGCCACUGCUGAUGUGGCAUCACUGCCCCAGCCCCCAUGUUUCACUCCCUCUAGGAUCUCCUAUGAAGAGUCUGACAUCACCUCAGCCAGUGUGAACAAAAACUGCUCUCCGCUGUCGGUCAAACAAGACCACACGGCCAACGCAGGGAAAGUCCUCAAGUCUGUCUUUGUGCCAAAUAUUGGUUGGGCCUCACAGCUGACCAGUGGAGAGGUGUGGGUGCAGUUCAAAGAUGGCUCCCAGCUGGUGGUGCAGGCAGGGGUUUCCUGUAUUAUCUACACGUCCCCAGAGGGACGGACCACCAGGUACAAGGAGAAUGAGAAGUUGCCAGAGCUUGUGAAGGAGAAGCUGCACUGUCUCUCCACCAUCCUAGGUCUGUUGGCCAGUCCAGCAGCACGCCGCUGAAUCAAACCUCAGCAUUGCCCCCUUGCUGUUAUAUUGACACGUCCCUGUGCAGCAGGGAGAACUUUCACAGCCUUUAUACACAUACCUCUUUCAAAUGUGCUUGUAAAUAUGUUUAUUUUCCAUGUACAGAUGACAAAUUAUGAAGAUAUAUAUUUUGAAGUACCCAUGUUGUACAGCAUUUUGUUGAAGUAGUUGCGUGUAAACUUGUAUUUUCUAUAUUGUCAGUUGUCGAACCAUCAUCUACAUGAAAUGUCAGAUGCUUAAAAGCUAAAGCAAUAAACAUCUGCAGGCUGGGUAGAGUUCAGUCGCA